GUGUAUGGUGCACCUUGGUGCUACAUGGUCGUGCUAUGCCGUCGACUUCGCCAAGCGUGCGUUAACGGUGAUGGAUCCACUUAUCACGUCCCCUAAUGACAAUGACAAUGACAAUGCAAUUAUCCAGAUGCACGGGAACAACGCCCCGAGGCUCUUGAGCCAAGUUAUAUACUGCAUGCAGCAGCACACCGGAAACAGUUCAAUCGGCAACGGGUAUUGGGAAAAGAUUUUGCUAACUGCACCUGACGAAGAAACUCUGUGCCACGGACAGGCUUCUUCUAUCUACGCCCUUAAUUUUGCUAGGUGGUUCAACGGUACAACCGUAUGCAACCCGAUUGGGAAUAAGCCAAUAUUAGCACAAUCAAAGAAGGAGCUAUUGCUACUGAUAAUUCAAUGCACUAUUAACAACGGGCAGAAACCAUCUUACUUUGACAGGAUCGCAGAGCUGCAAGAUCUACUUGAGGAGUAAAAUCAACAUGUUUCCGGUUUUAUUUGCCAAGACAAAAAAAAAUAUAACAAAUAUGUGUGUCGGAGUGUACGGAACUGUAUUGUUUUCCCCUAAUUCAUGAAUGUUGGUCUCUACGCGGAGAUAUGUAAAAUGGACUCGAUUUGCUUUUUAUUUUUGGAUCGGUACGAGGCUAAACAAAGAAGUACCUAUGGUAUAUU